UUCGUAGGUGGUGACACCGCGGAAGACUGCCUGCCCCUCCUCGAGCAGUACCGCGCCGAGAACAAGGGCUGCCUCUUCGCAUACAGCGUCGAGGUCGACGAGAACGAGGCGGCGGGGAAGGACGCGGGCGGUGCGGCGAAGGACGUGCAGCCGGUACACAAGCGCAUCGUGCAGGAGAUGAUCCACUCCAUCGACGUCGCGGCCGACUUUGAGGAACGGCACGUCGUGAACCCCGCCGACCCGGCCAAGGGCCGCAAGACGUGGGUUGCGAUCAAGCUCACUGCCCUGCUGCCGCACGCACAGUCCCUGAUUAAGUUUUCCUCGCACCUGAUCAAGACACGGCCGCCAACCCCCGACAUCCCUUUCCCCGGUAUCCCGCACGCGAGCGACCUCAGCGUACUGUACGAUAGUACGCCACCUCCAUCAUCCCCGCUGACUGAAGCCGACAUUGUCGAACUCCGGGAGCUCCACCAGGACUUGGUACGGAUAUGCACACGCGCAAAGGAGAUGGGUGUGCGCAUCAUCUUGGACGCGGAGUACAGUUGGUAUCAACCCGCCAUAGACGCAUAUGUGUACGCCCUCGUCCGGCAGUUCAACUCGCGUUCCGAUUUCCCGGCCAGUGACGCUACUCCGAACGUCCAGCCCUUGGUGUACCAGACAUACCAAGCGUACCUCCGUCGCACCCCAGGCUACCUCAACCAAAGCAUCCGCGACGCCUACCUGCACAACUACGCGUUGGGCGUGAAGCUCGUGCGGGGCGCGUACCAUCCGCACGAGACGCUCGCGCACCCGUCCUCUGCGCAGACCUCGGCCGCGCUGCGCUCGCUGUCAAUCUCGCCGGACCCGCUCCUGCCCGUGUGGGCGGAGAAGGCCGAGACGGACCGCUGCUACAACGAGUGCGCGCGCGUGCUGGUCGAGAAUAUCCGGCACGACGUGGAGACUCGGAGGGGCGGGGCAUCGUUCUGGUCUUGGGGGAGAAGGCAGGGGCAAGAGAGGGACGUGCCGAGGAUCGGGGUGCUGUUCGGUACGCAUAAUUGGGAGAGCGCGAAUAAGAUCUUGGAGGAGCUGGCGAAGAAUGGGCUGGCGGAGAGAGAGCGGGAGGACGGGGAGGAUGUGUUUAGGGUUCCGGAGGCGGUCACGGAAAGGCUGACUAUGGGUCAGCUGUAUGGUAUGUGCGAUGCUCUGACAGAUUAUUUGGUGGAUAAGACGAGGUGUUCUGCGCCCUUCGUGAUCAAGUAUGUUCCCUACGGAGCACUGUCUGAGGUUAUGCCAUACCUCAGCCGUCGAGCCAUCGAGAACAAGUCGGUGCUGGGCAAUGGAGCUGCUGCUAUGGAACGCAAGAGGGCAUGGAACGAGAUACGCAAACGACUGUUUGGCUAA